UCCACACUUAAAAAAUAUUUUUUGAUCCUCAAUGAUUGGACCGUUUCUUUGCCCUCCGUCAAUAAAAAGAGCAUCAUUACCCCCUUAAUCAAUCCCUCCUUAAUCAAUCCCCCCCUUCUUCUCUCUCAUCCUCUAUUUUCUCUCUGUACUUAAAUUCUCUCUAAACGCUUUUCAAUUUCAUCUUUCUCUAAUCAACUGGAAAAUUUAUCUAUGUUUUUUCUUUCCAAUAAUCCUUUUAAAGUCAUCUACUAAUUUGAUUGAAUUCAUUUGGAGUUUCCAGUUUGUAUAAUGUUUUUAAAAUUUGAAUGUUUCCUUUGUGACGAAGAGAAAGUUGAAGGAGAGUGGGAGAAAGAGAGAUAGCAUUGAAUUUUUCUGUUUUUAAUUCAUAUUUCCCAUCAAAACCCAAUUCAUCUACUUGUUCUUAUCCUACCCAGGAAUUAAAAAGAUGUCGACAAUGAUGAGCGAACAAAUAAUAACCCAACAAGAAUCUUCAUCAUCAGCAGCUUCGAUUCAAGCACAAAAUGAAGUCCAAUUCAUAAAAUGUGAAUGUUGUGGUUUAACGGAGGAAUGUACCCUUGCUUACAUUGAGAGGAUCCGACAAGGUUAUAUGGGUAAAUGGGUUUGUGGGCUUUGCUCCGAAGCUGUUAAAAACGAGGUUAUUCGCUCCGAGAAGCUCAUUAGCACUGAAGAAGCUCUUAACCGUCUUCUAGAUGUUUGUAGAAGCUUCCGUUCGUCUUCCCCGCCAGCUGGCGGUAAUCCGACCAUUCACCUUAUUUCAGCGAUGCGUCAUAUUCUCCGUCGGAGCCUUGAUUGUUCCCGGGGUGGGCUUCGGUCUACACCCGCUAGCCCAACCCGGGAAUUGGUAGAGCAGAGGCCCCCCGCUCUUGCUAGGUCCGGAAGUUGUUUUGCGGAGCUUUGAUGAAAACGGGUAUUAUCACUUUGAAUUUGCUACACGACCUUAAAAAGGUUCUCAUCUCGAUUCAUAUCAUGUAGCAUAUUCAAAGAAACAGAUAGAAUGAAGUUAAGAUGAUGGUUUGUGUGAUAUAAGAAAAUGUUGGGUGAUUUUCGUGUCAAUUGUACAAAAUUUGAGGCACUAACGAAGGGAAAUUUGGAGUAAGGGAGAAGUUAGAUUUAUAAAAUGAAAAAAUAAUAUAUGAAAAAGGAAAUUUAAGUUGGUGAUUGAAAAAUGGUAAAGAUGAUAAAAAAGAGGGAGUUAGAAUUGAUGGUUUGUUUAGGAAAAAAUGGCAUAGUUUCCUAUACUAACAAUAUGAAUCCUCCUUCCCCAAAAUGUGAUUUUGGCUUAUGCGAAAUAUGUACAUAUUUAUAGAUAAUUUUAUUAAUUAUAAGAAAAUAAUAAAAGUAUUUCUUAUCAUUAAUAAUUUGUUGUAUUUCUUAGAAUUUUCCUAUGAUUAGAUAUGCAUGUAAGAUCAAAUGCCAUUUGAAUGUGAUCAUCUAGAUUAACUUGUUAUUUCCUUUGCUCUGUUGUAAGUACUAAAUAAAUAAGAAUUUUGCGUAAAAACAAAAGAAAUAGGUAUUCUUGUGUUAAAGAAUCAUUGUAACUCUUAAAAGCUGAUGAGAUGUGUAAUAUGAAAAAAUAAGAGUAAAAUAGAUAUCUACAUAAUUGAGCGGUGUAAUCAUGAGGUCUGGAUGUAGACAUGAUGCGACGUUCUGUCCAUUAGAGUGUGUUAGUUUAAAUUGGAGUUUUCAUUAGCGGGUAUCCGAAAAAUAGGGGUGUUUAUUAGCGGGUAUCCGACAUUUUAGGUACAUGAAAAGUCGGGUAAUCGGUUAGUCGGAUAUUUUUUUAACGGCCCGUGUUCGAAUUUAUCCGGGUAUCCAGAUUUCGGGUACCCGGAUAAGUCGGGUCGAAACAACGGGUACCCAUUUUUAUUUGUGCCGUAGUUAUUUCUCAACAUUCAUCGGUUGGAAUGGCUUCUAUAUCACAGUCAUUUUGACUUUGCCAAGAAAGAUAAUUCAUAGUACAUACCAAGCCAUAGUUAAUGUUUUGGCAAUUGGCACUACAACUACUGCUAUAACA